AUUUUUUCAAUAUUUUUCUAGCAACCGAAGCGAACGGACGUGCGCGUCUGCGGUCCGUCGGUCCCUACACAACGCCAAACACAGUUUUGUUUUCAGUUCCACAGCAGUUCAGCUCGGGCAGUAAAUGUUGAGCUGCUGAAGCAGUGUUUUGUGUGUUCCAGUGUUCCUUUCUUGACAACGACGGUGCUUUAUCGUUCUUCUAACAGUACCAAUCGGAUGUGAUACGACAGAGAAAAGGAAAGAGAGAGAGAGAGAUAGUGAGUGUGUGCGCGUUCUUGUGAUUCUGUGUAUGUGUGUAUGUCUCUGUGCAUAGAGGUGUACGAGUAAGAGGGGGAAAGAGCGUGUUUUGUGUGUUAGAAAAAAAUCCAUAACAAGGUAGAAUUUUCUCUAAAAUCUAUCGAAAAUAUUAUAACGUGAGUGGCUGUGGCGUGUGAAAAUUCACCCAAGUGGCGAAAAUAGUUUCUCCCGGUAGCUGUGCAUGGGUGCUGCUACUGAUUGAGCCAUUCGGGAAAAGUGAGCAAAGAAAACUGCCGUAAAACACCUGAAAAUAAGGGUGGGUCCACCUUAUUUUCCACACCCACUGAUGAGCGAGUAAUCUUUUUUUUCCUUUCGGAGCGGCCCAUGCGCCGGAAGAAAGGUGUGAAAAACCCGACCCGGCAUUACACAAAAAAAGAAAGAGUGUCAAAAGUUGUUCCGCAAAGUGUGGUGUGGAAAGCUAACCCGUGACGGAAAACAUCGCCGAAGAAAUUGGAGGCAAUGUGCGUGCGUGUGUGUGUGUGUGUGUCUAGGAUGAUUUGAAUGUCGCUGGAUAUUUUUAGCGCGCAUGGAGAAAACGGUGCUGCACCGUCGGCGGCCACACCAGUGCAUGUGUUUGUGAUGCACAGUUUCCGACGUUAGCGGACCACCGAAGCACCACGAGAAAAAAAAAAAAACGUUGGAAGCAACAGCCCGCAGGAGGAGACGUUUGAACGGGAAUUAAUCAGCUGAAACACACCCAUAUACACAAGACAACUGUGGCAAGGAGGCGAUAUACCACAACACAAGGAAAAGAAAAGGAAACAACGCGUCGCGUAGAAUGUGCCGACCGACGAGGGAAAGAACAACAGCGACAGCUUUCUGUUGCACGGUGCUAAGGCCACUGCACUGAGGAGGUAGCCCUCCCCCCCAGAUGAGCAUGAUGCUGGUGGUAGUGGCGGAAACGAGGAAAACUGCCGCACCAAUGGUGACCGCUUUUAGCUAGGUGGCAUCAACCCUGCGACACUUUAAAGGAGACACGUACCCCUACGUACGUACGUGAAAGAGCGAUCACGUUGGUUGAUUUCCUGCCUCAUCGUACUGCACUGUCACUGCCAAAACAAACAACUCCGGUACACAACCGAGCCGAGACAUUUCACGGACGCCAACCAACCAACAAAACGACAACGAUGAGCCAAAUCAUGCGGAAGGACUCGUCACUCAGCACAACGGCCGGCCAUCGGCACCGUUCGAUCGACAUUGGCGGCGGAAGUGAAUCGUCGAUCAUGGACCUGCACCACCGGGCGGCUGCUGGGCCACCGCCCCGAUCGGCCCCACCAACCGGCGGUGGUGCCGGUGGCAAGCUGCCGUUGAUGGGCGAAAAGCCGCGCACGAUCAGUGACAGCGAGUCGGAGAUCAACUACGAGCUGUUCAACACGAGCAUCCACUCGGCGGACAGCGGGUCGGCGAUCAUGAACGCGUCCCAGCUGUCGACCGCGUCCUGCGACUCGACGCACAUCAAGAGUGCCAACCUGACCCGCUCACAGCCCGGGUCCUGCCGCUUCCCGAAGCUAGAAGAAUGUGCCCACUUCCAUUACGAGCGCGUACAGCUUGGCAACCUUUCCGUACAGCUCGAGGGCGACGAGCGUAGCGACUCGCAGCUUGGCUUGGCUUCCGAUCUCAACACCUCCCAGACGAACUCGCUCGCCGGGCCGGCAGGAGGAGCAGGAGGCCCGUUGACGACCAGCACGACCAAGGGUGGUAGUAAUGUUUGGUUUAUCAUACGCGUCACCGCCGGCCGCUCGGACCCGUUCAUGAUCAAGCGCUCGUACGAGAACAUGUGCUUUCUGGACGAGAUGCUGCACCGGUGCGUGUACGAUCGGCGCGUGAGCGAGCUGGAGAAUCUGCGCGAAGUGCUGCUAGCACUCCCGGACGCUAAUCCGGAGCAGCAGCGCAUGGAGCGAAGCACCAGCGAGGAGCAGCAGCAGUUGGAGAAGCUGGUCGGGACCUACCUGGCCCGCCUGUCGAUGAUUGCGUCGGACGCAAUGACGUGCGGCCCGGUACUGACCUGGCUGCAGAUCGACAACAAAGGGCGCCGGCUGCCGGUGGCGGACGAGCAGACGAUGCGCUGCAUCAACACGCCCGCGGUUGGGGCGGCCUACGGUGUGCGGCGGUACGUGGCGCAGGCUUGCGAUGAAAUCUCGAUCGAGGUGGGCGACAUGAUCUCGGUGAUCGAUAUGCCCAGCCCGGCCGAGUCGAUCUGGUGGCGGGGCAAGAAGAGCCACCUGCAGAAGAACCAGUACGAGGUGGGCUUCUUCCCGCAGAGCUGCGUCGCGACGAUCGGGGACAAGGUGCCGCGGCAUAUGCCGUUCCCGGCGCCGCUCGUCGGUUCGCUGGCCGUGUCGCCGACGAAGCCGGUGCUGCGCAAGCACGGCAAGCUGAUUGCGUUCUUCCGUAGCUUCAUUCUGUCGAGGCCGUCGCGCCGCCGGCUGAAGCAGAGCGGCAUCUACAAGGAGCGGGUGUUUUCGUGCGACCUGGGCGAGCAUCUGCUGAACAGUGGGCAGGACAUCCCGAUGGUGCUGAAGUGCUGUGCGGAGUUUAUCGAGGAGUACGGCAUCGUGGAUGGGAUCUAUCGGCUGUCGGGCAUUACGUCCAACAUACAGAAGCUGCGGCGUGCGUUCGACGAGGAGCGCAUUCCCGAUCUGACGCAUCCGGACAUUCGGCAGGAUAUACACGCGGUCAGCUCGCUGCUGAAGAUGUACUUCCGCGAGCUGCCCAACCCGCUGUGCACGUACCAGCUGUACGAUCACUUUGUGGAGGCGAUUCAGACGCGGCUGGACGCGCCGACCGAUUUGAAGCUGCGGCUGAUCCGCCAGACGGUACAGAAGCUGCCGCCGCCGCACUAUCGCACGCUGAAGUAUCUGGCGACGCAUCUGUUCAAGAUUGCGCGUCACUCGGCCAACACGGGCAUGACGGAGCGGAAUAUUGCGAUUGUCUGGGCGCCGAACCUGUUGCGCAGUCCGGCCCUGGAGUCGGGCGGAGUGGCGGCGCUGCGGGGUGUCGGUGUGCAGGCCGUGGUGACGGAGUAUUUGAUCAGCAAUUGUGAGCAAAUUUUCGACGACACGGCGGAUGAUUUUGGCAGCCACUACGUGGAAUCGCAGCCGAACUCGCUGAGCGAUAGCAACAGUGUGCAGAACUACGGCGGGGGCAGCGAGCAGCAGGAGCUGUCGCUUUCGAUGGAGCGGCCGAAGAGCUUGAGCGUGGGUGGGGCGAAGCUGCUCAGCCUGGAGGAGGCCCGCAUACGGAAGAACUGCAUGGAGCAGAGCGAGAAGACGAUUCCGAUCAACAUCACCAACCCGUCGACGCACAUCGGGUCGUACAUUGAGGUGGGCGGGGGUCCUUCCAGCCUGCCGGACAAGUAUCACACGGUGCUGCCGGUGCCGAGGAGCUGGAACAAACGAAAAUCACACUCUUCGUGGAAAUCAAUCUUCACUCGUCAGCCCCGACAGUCCAACAGCAAUAGUGAUAUUAAGGGAGGAAUGGCAGCGGCGUCCUCGUCCGACAAGAACGCGCCAAUGGUCAGCUCGGCAAUGCAACCGGAAAUCGGUGGAUCGAGCUUGGCGGAGAUCGAAGACAAGGAGACGGACCAUCGGCGCAGCGUCAGUAUUAAGGAAAGCUCGAGCGGACUGUUGGAUAAGAUGGCUAAGAGUUUACUGUUUUCAUCCGGUGUCGAUCUGUUCGACGGAAAGAAUCUGGCCAUCGACAGCAAUUGCGUACGGUCGAAUUCGGUCGAUAGCUUGCGCACCGCCGGCCACAGUCGAUCGGUUUCGCACGACUCGUACUUCGAUCUGCUGCAGUCGCCCAUCCGCAGCGGAACGGUGGCCAAUGGGACGGCAAGCGGCGGUGCAGUUGUCACCUGCCCGUCGCGUGAGCUGUCCGAGCUGGGGCUAAACUUUGACCGGGAGGAGCCCGAGAUGAGAAUUUUCUCCGAAAGCGAGAGUCUUGUGAGCAGCCCAAAGGUAGCGAAGGAGUCGGUAAGACGGACUCUGCGAGCACGGCCGGAAGAUUACAUUGGCAGCGGGCACAGCGUGAACCCCAGCCCGAAGAAGCAACCGCGCCUGAACAUACCGAGCCCUUCGCAGGAAGCUUCCGCCAAGCAGUGGAACAUGGCGUCCCUUUCCUCUGCCGGCGCCAAUCAGGACGACGAAAGCCUCUGCAAGCGCUACAAGCUGGAGGAUCAGCUGAGCGAUAUUCAGUUCAUCGAUUGCAGCACGCCCGAACACACCUCGAUCGGGCUGAACGGUGCGCCACAGGGUGGUUCGACCACAUCCAGCACGACGGUGGUAAAUACCAUCUUCACCAGCGCACAGGUUCACAAACCACCCCAGCAGGAGGACUCAUCCGAGGACCAGCACGAGGAUGAAACGCUCGCAGUCGGGCUGCGUAACUCCUACCCCGGUCCGCAGUACGCGCAGUUCGGAAAGUUCAACUCCUCCCCAGUGAAGGAAACGCGCUUCAGCUAUCCCGGCUCGGGUGGCAAGGAAAAGGCGACCAGAAAGGAGAAAGCGUCCCUGCAAAACGCGGGCUCGACCAGCUCGGUCGUGGAAAAGGUUCAAUCGAUGAGCGUCGACGAGCAAAGCCAACCCCAGCCGGCCACUAUGGAUGUGGUUGGGCUGAAGAAAAACGAAAGUUCCUUGUACGAAAGUUUUCUGCUUUCUUCCGGUCAAUCGAAACCCCCGAAAUAUCCUGGCCGUUACAGCUACCACCAUCCCGGCACGGAGGUCGCGCGCGGCACGGCUGGCAGCGGUGGCGCCGGUGCUGAUGACGCUGGCGAACCACGGGACCACGGUCAGCAGGCGGCUGCGGUCGUGCCGCGCAGCUGUUCCGAGAACGUGCUGCGCCGGACGGUCCCGGAGCUGUUCCCUCCAUCGCAUCACCAUCAUCAUCACCAUCACCACCAUCACCAUCAUCACGGGCAGGUGAAGCAGCAGCUGACGACCGUGCAUCCGCCACCGCCGCCGCCACCGUCAUCAGCACCGUCGUCUGGGAAGGCCAGCACACCGCAAUCGCCCCCGGUGCCGAGCCCGUGCUACUCGCUACUGAUCGGUUCGACCAGUUCCGACACGACGAGCAACAGCAACAUUACCACGCCCGUGUACGACGAGAUGGACAUUGCCGGUGGCUUUGCGGCCCAUCCAAAUGCCAAAGAUACGCCGGUCGCCGAUUCACCGAACGGUGCAGGAGCAAACGCUGGCGCUAGGUCAGCCACGGCCCGAAAGCACGAUCUGAAAGCGAUGAAACGGGAGCUGUCGCUCGAUUUGAGCGGCACCUCCACCAAGCUGACCGGCUCGACCAACUUCACCUCGGACAACACGACCACCAACACUAGUCAAUCGCUGACGCCGAGCGACUUCGGCUACCAAAACCUGAACCCCGAGCUGUCCCCGAACGGCGGAGGUGGCACGAAUGGGGCGGCGGCGGCCGGAAACGAGGGCACGGCAGUGGAAAUGACCAGCUUCAGUCAGAAGGCCAAAUCGCCCGGCACACCGAUUAAGGCUACCAUCAACAUUACGUACAACGUGCGCUCGCCCGUGCGCAAAGAGCAGGAAGGAAGCGUGUUCCGCUCGUGCUCGCCGCCACCACCAAGAACCGGCAAUUCCAGUGCGGAUUUGAUUGCGGAAGAGGAGUACCAGCGUGAGCGGCGCAGCAUCUACGAAAAUGUGCUCGUACCGACCGCGGAAGAGGACGAAGAUGGUAAUGAAGGCACGAUGGACGAUGUUUCGCCCUCGAAGCGGCUUCUCGAGACAAACUUUGACGAGACGAUGGUGUACGAGCAGGUGAAGUUUUUGAAGAACGUCGUGUCGGAAGUGAACCAUCUCGUAAAGAGCGAAGCGGGACCAAUCCAGGGGCAGCGCAACGGUGAGGCGAUGGCGGCUGCACAGCGAAUAGUACCUGAUCUGCACCGCACAGGCUCCGCCGUUGAGGAUGGCAUUAAUAACAAUCACAACGAGAGUGGCAGUGGUAAUGGUGCUGUUGUUGCUGAAAGCGAUGGAAUUGUGACCCGGCCGCAGCACUGCUGCGAUGUGAAGCCGAAAGCGAACGGCGCCAUCCCCAUGCACGAGGAAGAAAGCGACGAUGUGCCGAUGUCGGACGCGAACGAGGAUAGCUUGGAGUUUGACAACACGGACGUGUCGCUGUACGAGAAUGUGGAGUUGCGCAAGAAGCCCAACCAUCCGCUGUACGAAAACGUGGAACGGUCCACCGCCGUGCAGUCCUGCUCGCCGCCAACAACGAACAACCCGGCGACGGACACGCUCAAGUCCGUCCUCACAGAGGAUGAGUUUUCGUCGCUGUGUGCCGAUCGGAGCGAUUUGGACAACGAAAUGGAGUACCGCAUUGAAAUACCGCCCAAGAUCGAGCUGACGGUAUCGCCGAAAACUUCGAAACCGAUGACACUGGACACAUCGGAAGCGGUCGAGCCGGUCGUGAGCGUGAAGCAGCUGGCGACAAAGUUCGAAACCAGUCCGGUGGACGUAACGCCACCGUUCGAUUUCGGGGGCAUCAAUCGGGGUCACAAUCACCAUUUCCGAUCAUCGCUCAACAAUGGCAAUUAUGGAGCGAGCGAGCGGGUCACGAUACGCAACAAAUCGGCCAACGGUUCGACCGGUGCAAAGGAAGAUCGGGCUGCGUUCGCAAGCUUUACCCGGAGUCUCGACGAGAAUGCGUUUGUGCGAGAGUUUGGCAGUGGUCGGGGUCGGCUAGAGGGUGGCAGCGGGUUCGUUGUUGUCGGUGGGACCGCGAUGAACAAAAGCAGUCAGCAGAUUCCGGAGGUGGAAAGGAACAUUCUGAACGAGAACAAUCCGAACAGGAGAAAGUCGCUCGAGCUGUCCAAUUCGGCACGGCCGCGCAGUAUGAAUCAACCAAAGAAAUUGCCCCCGCUAGGUGCUGGCGGUGCCCCAACGGGCGUGGAGAAUGUGGACGUAAACGGUGCCGAUGAUGGUGGUGGCAACAAGGGCAAAGCGGCGUCUGAGUGUUGCCGCGCAAAGGCGCUGCAAUUGGGCGGUGCUGGCCAGAAGCAGACAGCGGGCAGUGGAAGCCCAACCGACACGACGACGACGCCGCCGAACAUGAAGCUUGAUCUCUCGGUGAAAAUCGAAGACACCAAAGAGGCGCGUGCGUACAACGUGCGCAUCACGCCAACCACCGAGAACCGGAUAUCGCUGGUGCAGUACAACUAUAGCGACGGGACCACCAACAACGGCGGUGCCGAUUGCAUGAAUGUGACCGACGGUGGUGGCGGGGCUGGCGGUUCGCCCACCGGCACACCCUUGAUGCGGGUGGUCGGCGGGCGCAAGGCCGCAGAAGCGAACGGAACUGACGAUGAUCGUAACAGCGUCAGCAGCCUGAAGAUGCUCGGCAGCUGCAAGCUCGAUCGGUCGCGGAUCGAAAAGAUUAAGGAGGAGCGACGGCACCAGCUGAGCGAAAAGUAUCGCUCGGAGUCGUUCAAGGGCGAACGGGGAGAUUAUGGUGGCGGUGCCAAUGGGAAGCUGAAAUCGAAAUCCAAAUCCGAGCUGCGCGAGUUCAAGGAAGGCGACGUGGUGGCGGACCGCGCGGACAAGAAGUACGAUUCGUUGCGCUUCCGGUCCAAGUCGCGCGCUGAAUUGCUGUCGUCCGAGGGGCCGUUUCCGCUGGGUGAUUCGGGCUGCAAUCCCAUCGCGGGUAAGGUGGGCUCGCUUUCGUUGAACACGGUUGCUGCAACGGCCACGCAACCGCCGAUAGCGCUACGCCCACCGAAUGGUCCUAUCCGCACGAGGCGCAUAAGCGACGAGAAGAACCAGAACGAUCUACCACCGCCGGCUCCAGUGGCAAAUAUGGCCGGUCCGGGCGAUGCCUCCAUUUCGCAGGUGUGCGACAACAAGUUUGAGCUGAAAACGAGACAAAAGUUCGAUGUGAAGCGCAGUAGCAUGGACUAUCCUCCGGCAGCUGCGCCGCUUACCACGACCAACGCGACCGACAGCAAAGACGCUCAAUCGAUGCAGCAGCUGCAGCAGCAGCGCGAUCAGCGGCACAGUCUCAACAAUGGCCGAAGCGGUGUGGUCGUGACGCGCAGCAACUCUUCCAGCAGCAGCAGUGCGCAACGUGACCGCUGCUCGCCUCCCAUCUCCAUUAAGGAUGUUGCCGCAAUGUUUGAGUCGAGAUCGCAGCAAAAUCAAUCGUAACGCGCCCUACUGCUGAGACACACUGCGCUGUGACCAACCGUGGCCGUGGAAAAGCGUCACACUGGGAGGGAGAGGCAUAAGCUUCUAUCUAUUUAUUGCAAUACUUUAACGAAACCUUUCUACAUAACCCUAUAAUAGUACUAUGUCGCAAAACGGAAACUCAGGUGAAUGAGUAUUCAGUUCCAGUAGAGCAGCUGGCGUGACGUUUCGAACGUCAACCACUAACCGACCGGGCUGCCUGGGUGGGUUAAACGUCCUAGUGUAAGUAGGAGCAACAAGAAUCAAACGUGUUCGAUGCAACCGAUGCGUUUCGGUUGUUUUAGUCGCGGGGCAAAUGAUACCGUUUGCGUACAGUUUUUUUUUUCUCGGUGCUAUUCGGGCGGGUUCCCCUUUUUCCCCCCGGCGCACCCUUCGAUAUGACUUACAAAAGAAAGUGGCCAAAUGUUAGUUAUUGAAAACUUUUUCGCUCCUUACCCCUUACACUGUUUACUGUAAUUCGACUAAAAUCAGAUAAAUAUUGAAACAAACCGGCAGGCAGGAGGCAGCAGUAGUUAAUCGCAAAUGGUAUAAAACGAGUAGGUAAAGGAUAGAGAGAACGUAAUAGAAGGACAAUGCUACUAAUGAAAAUGAACGGAAAAUGGAAAGGCCACUAAUUGUGAACAUCCGUACGUCGGAUUGUGGGGAAACGAAUGUUUAAAGGAAAGCACAUACACAUACAUAAGUUGUAUAUAGAUUUUAUGUUACAAAUCAUAACGUUACUGAUUGGUGGCAAUAUGAAGGAGCAUUGAGUAAGAUUGAUUAUAAAAAAAAGGUUUCUGUUAACAUUUUUCUUCGUUCUGAAGAACCAAACACGUGUGUGAAAAUGUAAGAUAAGGCUAUACAUCACAAGAUUGUUUUUUUAUAUGUAUAUUUUUAUUUUAAUCUUUUCGAAGAUUUGCUUAAAAAGGCUCAUUUGUACAGGCCUCAACAGGUGUAUGCGUUAAGGUAACGUUUCGUUCAUACAAAGGUAGCGCAUAUGUAUUUAGCAAACGUUUAAUUUACGUUCUACUACGAUAGGUACACACUCCUGUGUGUGUAUGUGUAGUUGUAGUUUUGAUCACCGCUUAAGGAAUGUUGUAAUCUUUUUUCGUUGUUUUCGCUUAAGGUUUAUGGUCGGUUUGUUCGUUAAAAAAAUUGUUUGUGCUUUUAAAUUUUUGGUUUGGUUGCUAUCGUCCGGAAAAUAAUUUGUUAAAAGUAGUCGAUUUUCUAUUACGACCAUUAAAUGCUGUGUUAUAUAGUUUCAUAAUGCGUAAGUGAACGGUCGCAGGGCCCGUUCCAUGCUAUAGGUAAACGUGCUAUGAAAGGAUAAUAAUUGUAUAAAAAGAGAGAAAGAGAAAGAGAGAGAGAGAGAGAGAGAGAGAGAGAGAGAGAGAGAGAUUAUAUAUAAUAAAGAUUUCACACGCAACGAGAAGCGAGAAA